AUGGAGUCGUAUAAGAUACUCAUGGUUGGCCCGCCGCUCGCAGGAAAGGGGACGCAGUGCGAGAUAGUUGCAAACAGGUUUGGGCUUAAACACAUUUCAUCUGGAGACAUUCUGCGAGAAGAGAUGAAGAAAGAGACGCCCCUAUCAAAGUAUAUCAGAGACCAGCUGAACUCAGGCCUGUUCGUAAGCGACAGCGUGAUAAGAGACCUAGUGAAUCUUCACAUAAACAAGGUAGAGGGCGGGUUUAUCCUUGACGGAUACCCGAGGACAGUGGAGCAGCUGGACUCCAUUACUUUUUCGUACGAUAAGAUCUUCUAUCUCGACACUCCCAUGGAGUACAUAAUGGACAGGGUGGAGGGGAGAAUGUCGCAUCCCCCGUCAGGCCGUAUAUACCACACGAAGUACAACCCGCCAAAGGUAGAGGGAAAGGAUGACAUAACAGGAGAAGAUCUGGUAAAAAGAGAAGACGACAAGAUUGAGCUCAUCAAAAGGAGAGUGCUGGACUUUAUAGAAAAAACAAGCAAAGUGAUAGAGAGAGCCAUUGAAAUGAACAAACUAGCGAGAAUCGAUGGAGCCCAGCCAAAGGAGAGCAUCACACAGAUGAUUUUUAGCGAAAUUGAGAGAAUAAAGCAGUAG